AUGGCUAGGGCUAAUCAAACGCGUAAACCAGCGAAGACUAUACAGAUGCCGGGGCAACCUCCACCUUCUAUUCACAAAGAGCGCAAACCACGAGUGUGGACAGAAGAGGAUAUACAGGCAGCAAUGAAAAAUGUACGAAAUGGCACGCAAGAGCUAUGGGAGGCUAGCAAGGCCUUUUCUAUCCCAAAGAACACACUUCGUGAUAGACUGAAUGGAUCUAAACCACGUCAAGAAGUGGAUCAAGAGAACCAGCUUUUAUCUCCACAGGAAGAGAGAGCCCUUGUUCAAUACAUCAAGUACCGUGGCUGGAGAGGUGACCCAGUUGGUUUACAAGAAACACGCGAGCUAGCCGGUAAGAUUACUGGACAAGGAACCCCAGGAGAAGGAUGGGUGUAUAGAUUCAUGAAAAGGAACCCAGAUAUACGUGGGAAAUGGGCAAAGAAGGGUGAAUCCAAGCGUGCACAAGCUGUGAAGGAGGCAGUAGCACUUGAAUACUUCGAAAUCUUGAAAGAACAAAUCGAAACAUAUGAUAUACAUCCAUCUGAUAUCUACAAUGCCGAUGAAAAAGGUAUCUUCAUGGGUGGAGGUAGUAUCCGCUUUCGGGCUUUGGUGGAUGUCGGCCAAAAACAAGCAUUUUCAACAGGAGAUGAGAACCGUAAAAUGAUAACAGUCCUAGAGUGCAUCUGCGUGAAUGGCACAACUACACCGCCAUUACUUAUUCACGAAGGGACUGGUCAUGAUUUGGAAUGGGCACGGCACAAUCCCUGUCAAGCAAGGUAA